AUGGUUGUCAGAUGGCUGUUGGUUGAGAUUCUAGCACUUUGUGCUCUCUGUCAUGCUGUUCCUCAGUGGAGUAAUCUGCCCCAGAGUCCUCAGAACAUUCAGCAGCUGGUUCAACAACAGCCACCCAGCCAGAAGGUUCAGCAGCCACAACAACAGCCACCCAGCCAGUGGCCCAGCCAGUGGGUUAAGCAGCCAGUUCAACAGCAGCCACCCAGCCAGUGGGUUAAGCAGCCAGUUCAACAGCAGCCACCCAGCCAGUGGGUUAAACAGCCAGUUCAACAGCAGCCACCCAGCCAGCUGGUUCAACAACCUAACCAGCAGUUUCCCCUUCAGAAGCCAGUGGCACAGACGGAGCCCAUUGAUAAGUGUACUGUAGCUGAUUAUGAUCAGAUCCCAUGUGGACAACCUGGGAUCAGUGGUGCUGAGUGUAAUGCUGUCAACUGCUGCUUUGAUGGGCAGCAAUGCUUCUAUGGAAGGGCAGUGACUGUCCAGUGUAUUCGAGAUGGUCAGUUUGUGGUAGUGGUCGCUAGAGAUGUUACUGUGCCUCAACUGAGUCUGGAUUCGGUUCGUCUACUGGGUGGAAGUGACCCGCCUUGCGCUCCUGUGGAUUCCACACCUUCCUUUGCUAUAUACCAGUUCCCUGUGACCGCAUGUGGCACGAGCAUGAUGGAGGACAGUGGAUAUGUGGUGUAUGAGAACAGAAUGACCUCCUCAUACGAAGUUGGCGUUGGACCACUUGGAUCCAUCACGAGGGACAGUCACUUUGAGCUUCUCUUCCAGUGCAGAUACUCUGGAACAUCUGUGGAAGCUCUGGUUGUGGAGGUCAACUCUGUUCCUCCACCUCCACCAGUAGCUGCUCCUGGACCUCUCAGGGUGGAGCUCAGACUGGCCAAUGGCCAGUGUGUCACCAAGGGCUGUGCUGAAGGGGAUGAGGCCUACACGUCCUACUACAGUGACGCUGAUUAUCCCGUCACAAAAGUCCUGCGGGAGCCUGUGUAUGUUGAAGUGCACAUUAUGGAGAGGACUGACCCCAACAUUGUCCUGAUGCUGGGACAUUGCUGGGCGACCUCCACCUCCAGUCCACUCAGUCUGCCCCAGUGGGACCUUCUGAUUGAUGGAUGCCCUUACCAGGAUGACCGUUAUCUGACCACAUUGGUUCCAGUAACUGGAUCAUCUGGUGUGCAGUUCCCGACCCACUACAAGCGCUUUGUUGUGAAGAUGUUUACGUUUGUAGAUCCAACCUCACUGGCUCCUCUGCAGGAAACGAUCUUCAUCCACUGCAGUACAGAGGUGUGCCAUCCGUCUUCUGGCUCUUGUGAGCAAAGCUGCACCAGGAAACGAAGAGCUACUCCUAUCCAGGCCAUCUUUGGUGAACCAACUGUGGUUUCUAGUGGACAAGUUACUCUAGUCAUGUAAAUCUAGUUUUUUAAUAAACCUUUUGUGGAUCAAAA